UGCCUAAGAUGGCCGGAAAUUCCGGUUUCAAAUGUGGGAUUUUUUGUGUAAUUAAUUAAAAAGUCCUGUCGUAUUAACGUUCUUCUUCUUCUUCUUCUUCUUCUUCUUCUUCGUUGCACGGGGUUACCUUCUCGACAUUUUUGCGGGCAGGGACGCUCUCUCCCAACUGCCGCCGCAGCCACCACCUCUCUCCUCCUCCUUGUCUAUCUCUCGCCGCCGCCACCUGCGCCACCACCACGAUAGCCGGUGGUGGUGCUGCUGGUCGGAGGUGGACCACCACUCACCCGUGGUCUGAGGAGCACUCAUGGCGAGCAUCUUGGCCAUAAGGACUUCCUCGCUUUGGGAUUCAUUCUCUCCCUAGAGGGAGCCAGAGUCCAUGAUCCUGACAGCGAUCUCCUAGCCGAAGCUGGGCCACCGUAGAAGAGGGGGGCGAAGCUGCCCCUUCUGAACUUUUGGCAUGGGGAGGAUAGGUGGCGUGACGGAGCACGGCGACGGUGAGCGCGGCCACUACGGGAGCAGGAUGGGAUGGUGCGGUGGUGGGCUCGGAGAAGGGAGCCAACCGGUCGCCAUUUUGCCCUUUAAUGCCCUGAUUUUUAUAGAAAAAGUAUAUAAAAGCACUGUAGGAAAACCCGAAGAACCCAUAUUGGCGGCGACCGAGACCAGACAGCCGUCUUUGCUCGCAAGAGGAAUAGCGGAAUAGCGAGUGAGGAAUUAAGGGGAGGCAGAGGAGAUGUCGUCGUUCGGGAUGUCGAAAGGGUUGCUGGAGAUCGGCAAGUUCGCGGUGUACGUGAUCGUCCCGAUCGCUCUUACUUACGCCGUCACCGCCAACUCCAAGAACCUCCAAAAGAUCAUGGGCUUCCAUCAAUAUGUGGUAUAUCCUUUUGAGGGUCCUCGCCCCCCAUCACCAGAGGAACUCCGAGAGAUGGCUCGAAAUGACAACAACCGUUGAGCUUGCGGUUUAACCAUGAUGGUAGUGAUAUUACAUGUUAUUAUGUCAUUUGAAACUUGUAGAGUUGUAAUAAGUUACUGAAACUUUGUGAAGUUAUGAUGGACCUUUGCAUUCAAAACAUGAGGGUCAUCUUCUAGGUUUCUGGCCUUGAAGGUAAGACUUAUCAGAGGACUUCCUAAAACAUCUACCACUUUUUUCUUGAGUAGCUUCCUGUAUGUACCAUGAAUGACUGUGCAAAAGACUCCCGAAAUUUUUCAAAUUAAUAAUCUUAUUUAUAGCA